AUGGGGACCCGCAAGGCGAACCAGCCACCGCCCACAGCCGCUGCGAGCGAAAGCGCUCCGCCCCCAGGGAACGCGAGGCCCAGCGACCGCGCGCCUCGCGAGGGGGGCGGGACGAGCCGAGGCCCCGCCGUCCAGGGGGCGGGGGCGAGCGCCGCGCCUGCGCCGGACGAGGGCGGGAGGGGCGCGGCGCCGCGAGCUUCCAUAGGGGCCCUGCGGGCGCUGCUGGGGUUCGGUCUGCUGGCCGCCGGCUCGCACCUGCAGCGCGUCCGGGGCCCGGCCGGGGUUUGUCGCGCGAGGCCAGCCUGGUGGGGGACCACGCGGCGGCCGCAGUCGGCGCCGCGGGGACCCGGCGCUCAUGCGAGCCCGGCGGUGAAGUACUUGAGCCAGGAGGAGGCCCAGGCCGUGGACGAGGAGCUGUUCAGAUACCAGUUCGCGUGGACCAGCUGAUGGAGCCUGGCGGGGCUGAGCUGCGCCACAGCCAUAGCCAAGGCCUAUCCCCCAAGUCUAUGUCCGGAGCCCCCCACGGUCCUGGUCAUCUGCGGGCCCGGGAAUAACGGAGGAGACGGCCUGGUCUGUGCCCGGCACCUCAAGCUGUUUGGCUACCAGCCAACCAUCUAUUACCCCAAAAGGCCUAACAAGCCACUCUUCGGUGCACUGGUGACCCAGUGCCAGAAAAUGGACAUCCCCUUCCUUGGUGAAAUGCCCCCGAGCCCAUGCUUGAUCGACGAACUGUACGAGCUGGUAGUGGAUGCCAUCUUCGGCUUCAGCUUCAAAGGGGACGUCCUGGGAGCCUUCCGGAGCGUCCUGAGCGUCCUGAGCGGGCUCACCGUGCCCAUUGCGAGUAUCGACAUUCCCUCAGGAUGGGAUGUGGAGAAGGGAAAUUCUGGAGGGAUCCAGCCAGACUUGCUCAUCUCCCUGACUGCACCCAAAAAGUCUGCGAGCCACUUCACCGGUCGCUAUCACUACCUGGGAGGUCGUUUCGUGCCUCCUGCUCUGGAAAAGAAGUACCAGCUGAACUUGCCGCCCUACCCUGACACGGAGUGUGUCUACCGUCUGCAGUGAGGGAAGACGGGCGGGCGUCCUUCCCAAUAAAGACUUAGCGCCCCCCCUCCUACCGCCGUGGGGUCCUGGGAGCUGUUCUGGCAAUAAAAGUUACUGGGUGGCAGGAGCCGGACAGCAAA